CUUUUUUUUGACAAGUUUGUGAUACACGUAAUGCUUGCAUAUACUUUGCAAGGUAUAUUUAGGAGUUUGAUAUUAUUUGGCUAUCGCAUACAUAGUAUUUGGCCUUACACGAAAUCCUCCCCGCGUGCCUUUAAAUUAACAGAAAUAGCUACCAUUUUCCAUGUUAUGUUAGAAGCUUAUGAUCCGGACCCUGUUUUCUUUCGCAUCUGAUCUAUCGGAUCCAUCAUUAAUUUCCUCUACAAUUCCUCUCUGAAAAAUGAGUUGGUGGUGGUCCGGCGCCAUCGGAGCUGCAAGGAAAAACUUCGCCAACGAAGACGAUUCGCAACCUCCGAAGAACGUCCAGAGCGUGGCCCUGAUCAUCGGCGUCACCGGAAUAGUGGGUAACAGCUUAGCCGAAAUCCUCCCACUCUCCGACACCCCUGGCGGUCCCUGGAAAGUCUACGGCGUCGCCCGCCGUCCACGGCCGUCGUGGAACCUCGAUCAUCCGGUGAAUUACAUUCAGUGCGACGUUUAUAAUGCUAAAGAAACUCAGGCCAAGCUCUCUCUGUUAACUGAUGUCACUCACAUUUUCUGGGUCACCUGGGCUAAUCGGCCGUCCGAAACAGAGUGUAUCGAAGUCAACGGCGCAAUGUUCCAGAACGUUCUCGAUGCAAUUGUCCCGAAUGCCCCGAAUCUUAACCACAUUUGUCUUCAGACAGGGCAUAAACACUACAUCGGACCGUUCGAAACGUUCGGAAAAAUCCAGCCCCAUGAAACUCCGUUCAUCGAAGAUGUCCCCAGGCUGAAUGCCCCUAAUUUUUACUACACCCUGGAGGAUAUGCUGUUUGAAAUCAGUGACAAAAAGCCUGGAUUGACUUGGUCUGUCCACCGGGCAGCUGUGAUUUUCGGGUUUUCACCGUACAGCAUGAUGAAUUUGAUCGGAAGUCUCUGUGUUUAUGCAGCAAUUUGCAAGCAUGAAAAUGUUCCCCUGAAAUAUCCAGGGACUAAAGCCGCCUGGAAUUGUUACUCCGUCGCGUCGGACGCUGAUUUGAUCGCCGAGCACCAAAUCUGGGCCGCGGUCGACCCUUUUGCGAAAAACGAAGCAUUUAAUUGCAGCAAUGGAGAUUUGUUCAAAUGGAAGCAUUUGUGGAAAGUCCUGGCAGAGCAAUUCGAGGUGGAGUAUGCGGAGUUCGACGAAAACGAGGAAUUCGUGAGCUUGUCUGAAAGGAUGAAGGAUAAAGGGCCGAUCUGGGAUGAGAUUGUGAAGAAGAAUCAACUUGCACCGACUAAAUUGGAGGAAGUUGCUACGUUUUGGUUUGCAGAUGUGAUAUUCAGCGGGGAAUGUAUGUUGGACAGCAUGAACAAGAGCAAAGAACAUGGGUUCUUGGGAUUCAGGAACACUACCAAGUCUCUUAUCUCCAUCAUUCACAAGAUGAAAGACCACAAGAUUGUUCCUUGAUCCUCCUGUUCUUUCUAUAAAAAUUAUUCUAUGUAAUAAGUUCAAGGUGUUCUUUCUAUAAAAAUUAUUCUAUGUAAUAAGUUCAAGGAGUUUUAUUUGUCCUUCUUUUUGAGGAGACUUAUGGCAUUGUUGGUUUGCAUCUAAUUUAGUUUUGCACUAAUGAUAUUCUCGAGUUAGUUUGGUGCUAAUUUUCUGUUCAAUCG